UUGUGGCUGGGCAGGGCUCCUUGCGUUGGUCCACGGUGUACUCCUCUGCCCGCGCUCCAGGAACACUCGGAGGAGGUGUCUGGCUUUCUCCUGGAGUGUGACAGCUCCGUGCAGGGCGCACUGCAGAAGCACCUCGCGCUGUACAGGAUCCGGCGGAAGGUCACGGUGGAGCCGCACCGGGAGCUGCGAGUAUGGGCGGUGUUGCCCAGUUCCCCUGAGGCCUGCAGGAAUGCACCGUUGCAGGAGAGUGCAGGGGCUGCUGCCAUCCUCAUCCGCGACCCGCGAACAGCACGCAUGGGGUGGCGGCUCCUCACCCAGGACGAAGGCCCAGCCCUGGUGUCGGGGGGCCGGCUCGGGGACCUGUGGGAUUAUCACCAGCACCGAUACCUGCAAGGCGUUCCUGAGGGGGUCGGAGACUUGCCUCCUGGGGUGGCCUUGCCGCUGGAGUCCAACCUGGCCUUCAUGAACGGCGUGAGCUUCACUAAAGGCUGCUACAUCGGCCAGGAGCUGACAGCCCGCACCCACCACAUGGGCGUCAUCCGCAAGCGCCUCUUCCCUGUCAGGUUCUUGGACCCCCUUCCUGCCAGUGGCAUCACCCCCGGUGCCACGGUGCUGACUGCGUCAGGACAGACUGUGGGCAAGUUCAGGGCCGGCCAGGGCAACGUGGGGCUGGCCCUGCUGUGGUCAGAGAAGAUCAAGGGUCCUCUGCACAUCAGAGCCUCUGAGGGUGCUCAGGUGGCCUUAGCCGCAUCUGUGCCAGACUGGUGGCCUACAGUCUCCAAGUAGCCCGAAGCCUUGGCUGGUGCAGGCUGAUGGGGAGGCUGGGGCCUGGGGCCUCUGUCCUCUGUCGGGGGUCUUCCCAUUCCAUCUGUCUGCUGUGCCUACUGGGUGGGAGCCCUGGUUCCCAUCUGGGAAAGUCCCCCUUGUAGGUGCCCUGCCUGGCCCCGCCCAUGCUCAAGGGCCCCAGGCACGUGGGUUGUUUUCUCGCUGGGCUUCCUGUGGCCCCAGAGGAGCCCACUGUGAGUGCUGAGCUCCAGGUGGCGCCGGGCCCCAAUUGUGGCUCCACACAGGGUUGUCUGGGAGGAUGGUACAGUGUCUCUGGCCAGCACUGGCAGCUUCUGUGCCUUGCACCCCACUCUGCCCAGCAUGAGCCUCGUGGGGGGUUGGUCCCUGUGCCUGGAAGCUGGGCGGUGUCCAGGGUCUGCAGGCUGGGGCUCGGGCUUUGGGAGUUGUUUCACUGUGCUUGUUUCCAGCAUGUCUCAGGGUGGGGUUGUGCGUGGUUUAGAGGGGUCUGGGACAUUGGAUCAGGUGGCAUGUGGGUUUCUGUGCAUGGAGGAGCACACAGGGCUGAGCCACCAGGUAUCCCAUGCUGGAGGCUUGUGGAAGGCUGUGCCCAUUGUCCAUGCUUCCCCACCUCUGUUCCUCCUCAGAGCCCUCCAGGAGCAUGGGGUAGGGCCAGCUCAGGGCUCAAAAGCCAGCAGGGCAGAGUUCUGCAUGUGUGUGCUGGGUUUCGGCACUGCCUGUGUUUGCAGUGAGAGUGACUUGCUGUCAGUCGUGGGGUGCAGCCUUCUGUUCACCCACUGGCUUCCCCCUUCCCACUGAAGUGUGAGCUCCAUGUUUCAGGGCAUUUAUUAAAGAGUGAGCCACAAGCA